AUGAAGUUCACAACCUCAGUUUCCGCCCUCGCGGCCCUCAACGCCGCAACAGCCUCGCCCGUCCAGCCGCCCGCCCAGCCCGCCGCCCAGCGUAUACCGACCUCGUAUGACCCGCUGGCCACCCUCUCCACUGUAUUCCCCUCCACACCCUCAAAGUCCUCCCCUUCGUCCGUCAGCCGCCUCAGCGGAGAUGCCGACGCCCUCGAGAACCGACCACCCAAUCUGGGCGGCAUGCCCAUCGGGCUGAUGGACUACAUCGCCGACUGCGGCACCGAGGAUCAAGGAAACCCCACAAUACUGGCCAUCAAGAUCGCCACCAGCUUCAAGAACGUCGCCGCGGGUAGCAACAUGUCCAUAAGCGUGGGCUGGGCCCCGCCGUACCCGCCCGCGAAGCGCAUAAAGUCGAAGUCGUCGUCGUCGUCGUCGUCGUCGUCGUCACACAGCCCUCUCGCCUGGCUUUUCAGCUGGUGGGCCGGCACAGACGACGACGCCACGACGGGCCUGCCGCCGGACUACGACCCCGUCCCCUACAGCGCCGCCAAUCUGCCCCGGUUUAGCCUGCUUGGUCACCUGGAGGACAUCAGCCCCUCCUCCGAGGCCGAAGCCGCCGACCUGCAGGACUGCUUCCUGAGGUCCCACCCGGACGCCCGGUACUGGCUGCCCGGUAACCGGAUUCACGAGGCCGGGUGGGUGCGUCUCGUCGUGGACGACGUGUACUGGGUCGGUGGGUUUGGCGACAGGGCAUAUAUCGGGUGGAUCCCGGUCGAGGAGUGGAAGAAUGUCACGCGGGCCGAGUGGGAGGCCGUGAAGCUGCCCGGUGAGGAGAAGGGCUGGAAGGAGUGGAGUGUUGAUGAGCUGUGA